AUGUCUUCCUCGGCUGUAACGACCCGCAAACGUCGCUGUCACAGUGAACCCCCUACACUCUAUCAUGAGGACCUUGAUGGCGACCGUGGGCUUUUACGUAAGGACGGUGAGGACGGCCAGCCUGAGUCGAAGCGACCGCGCCUCGAGGCCUUACCGUGCACCGAAGGCACAACUGGUCCUGGUGCCGUUGAUGACUGGCUCCUGGAAGCUGCAGGGCUGUUGAAAAACCUAAGAAAGGCAGGGACAACAGCGCCCGCCGGUUCGGAUGACGAUUCGGGCCCAUCAGACGCAGAGAGAAUUGCAGCGCCAAUGGCUCGGGAGUUGACAACGGACAAGUCUGUCGUCCGCCUUCAGACAGAGAUCGAUUUCCUCCAAGCGAAAUCCAAGCAGCAGUUGGCACCAUUCCCGCAAUCGACAUAUAUGGCGGCACGGGGCUCGGGCUGCCAUCAUGCGCACGAAUACUUAAAGCAUAUCCUCCCACCCAAAGCAGUCUGCGAUCAUCUUCUCACUGUCUAUGCGGCUACCUUUGAGCGGAUAUACCGAGUGCUGCACAUGCCGACCUUUCGCCGACUGUAUGAGGAGUUUUGGAGUUGCCAGAUGCCAACCGACUGCCAGCCCCCUCCAGCCCCUAUGGCACGGUUCUUACCCCAGCUCGCCGCAGUGCUGGCCAUUGCCUCUAUGUUGGCGAGUCAAGCCUACCGCGAGACCCAUGCGGCGAUUCUUGCCGGUUUCGACGCAUUCGUCAUCCCUUCUCUCCGUAUGUGGCGCAUCCAUGCCACUCGGAACCGCGCGGGCGGGCAAGAAUCCGAGUUCGCCGCGAUCCAGACGAGGACCCUGCUUUUGUUGGCGGAGACCCUAAGAUGUGAUGCUCCGGCCAAACUGCACUCGGAUUCAAUGAUGCUACUAUACCAGGCAAUGAACAGCAACCUCCCCCGCGCCCCCUGCACUUCUCCAAAUCUGUCGGCGUUCGAAGCGGAGAUGCGGCGCCGAGUUUGGGUUACAAUCGUCGCUCUGGAUCUCCAGGCCUCCGUGCUAUCGAGUAUGCCGCUUAACACUCCUGCCUUCGACCUUGGUCCCUUCUGCCCGCCGAUGAUCGAUGACAGCGACUUUGAUGAGCAUUGCGCCGAGCUCCCAUCUGAGACCACAAACUGGGCCCCCGCGGCCUUCGAAGCUGCAAUGCUGUCACACUUUUCAGACCAGUUCCGCGCCAUCGAAAGGGUAGCGGACUUCGAAGAACAACAGCAACUGCAAUCCCUGGUGGACGCUCGCACUUGCGGUGUCAACCUCAAACGCCGCAUCGACCAAAUCCCGGCAUCGUUUAAGGCAGAUGAUCCAGUACCCCACGAGUCACUACCGUCGUUGCCUCGCCUUCUUCACACCCUGCACAUUCGCCGCCCGGUGGUUCGCGUGUUCCGAGCUAUCAUGGCUAGCGCUCAUGCCUCCAGCAUCGAACGGGAGAGCGCUGCGAUGACUCUCCUUGAUUCUUCAAUGUCGGUGCUUCAGCUUCCAGGUUGGUUUGACCAGGUGUCUGGUUCUGGCUGUGACGCGGGCAUGGCUCCCUCCCGACACAGUGAAACAAUCUACAGGGUCUGCCGAAGGGAUAUCGUUAACGCAGCACUUGAUUUGUGCGCAUGCAAGGAACACCUGCACUAUUGUUCUUCAGAUGUAUCCGACAAGUUCGGAGACGUGCUCGAAUCCGUGGAAGGGGCGCUCGAUGGCCUGUGUCGUACGCUCGACAAUCCGACCAGGCCGGGGGACAUGGACGAUAUUGUGCAUGUGGCUGUGGCCCUCCAUUUGGCUCGCUCGGGUAAUCCCGAAAAGGUCACAAAAGAAGUGGUCAGGCCUGCAGUAAUUAAGGCUUUGUCGUCUUGCCGCCAGCGCCUGGUAUCAUCAGUUCUUAAACGACGCACUGAUAGUGACUCUGACGUGGAUAGGCAGCCGACGCCCUCCAGUCAGGCCUCCGAUGAGACGGCCAGGCAAUACGGACCGGAUUUUGCUCGUGAUGAUCCUGCGCUGGCGGCGGAGUUUGCUGGCUUUGUGGUCAAGAGACUUUACGAUUGA